AAAUGGCAGAAAUCUGACCACUCUGUGCGCACUACUGAGAGGAUAAAAUAUUUGGAAAAAAAUUGAACGCUAAGCUAGCAUCACACAAUGAACAGCUAGGACCAACAACUUGUCUAGAUCAGAUUCUGGUUAUUGUGUAAGAAAUCAUUGUUAAAGAUGUAAUGAAGGAAUAUAAAGAAAUUUAUCAGACCAGAUUCUUAUGGAGCCAAAUUUUGACCUGCAUGCAUAUGAACCCCCAAUAUCCCUGUGGAGUAUUGUGGAACAAUAUAUCCCAGUCCAUGAACAUGAAGAGAUAAAGGGAAUGCUUGGGGAAUCCCUAAUUGACCAGAGCUUAGAACUUAGGGCUGAGAUUGAGACCCUUCUGGACAUCUGGAGGGACUAUCGUGAUGAGACCAAUGAUAAUUGUAAAGAGAAACUUCCUGAGCCACCAGGGCUAAGAGACAGACUUGUACAGGAGAUCCAGUUCUUCAUAGAGAAUGUCAAAGAAAAAUCCAGGUUACAAGGACUAAAUCCUGAGAGGAUCCUAGCCACAGGACACAAUAAAGCUGUACUUGAUUAUACCAUGGAAGUCAGCAGACCUGGUACAGCCCGAGGAUCCAGGCCCUCUACUGCCAUGUCAAGAGAUGGCCAGGACACACCUAUGAUGUGUACCCCUACUGGAAGUGAUAGAGCAUCUGCUGCUUCCACUCUUAGUGAAGAAAUUGAGUCCAUGACAGAUAAGCUGAAUUACCUCAAAUUUGAUGAAGUCGUCCAACAUCUAAAGGGAUAUUUAGAAGAUGAAAUCAACACCCUUUUAAAGGAUAUUCAGUUCCUGUAUGAGUGUUUGGAUGAGGAAGCAACAUAUAGAGCUGAAACACAGGGAACAUUCUCAAGGGAGCCAACUAUAGCAGAGUUGCAGACAGAAAGAUCAAAAAUGGAAAAAGAGAUGCUGUCCAGAAAUGUUGUUCCACAACCACCUGUUAUGAAACCCUCUCCAGUUAAUUCUUUCAAGAAACUUCCUCCUCCACAACUGUCUUCCUUAAAGAUGAAGAACCCAAGUCCUAAGUCAGGAUCUAGUCCCACAGGAAGGGCAAAUAGCCCAACUGGCACACAGACAGACAAUGCUUUUCAGACUGUUACCUCUAAAAUUAGACCAGUUAAAGUGUCACAUGACUUAUCUGUCAAAAUAACAGACAAACUUGGUGGCCCACAUGGAGAUGUCAGUAAACAAGGAUUAGUGGGAAUGGUCAAAGUGAACACACCCUCAUCUUCUAGUGUGGUGACUGCAUCUCCACAUGUGGUGGCUCCUCCAAGCUCUGCUAAAUCUGUCCGACCUUCCUCAGCAGACAGAUUCAGGAGAAUGGGUGAGCACCAAGCCCUACUUGCGGAAUGUGACGUCACUUCCCCACCUCUGCCUUUUUGGAGAAAGUUGUGCUAUGCAGUCGGAGGACCACCUUAUCAAAUUACAAACACAGUCAUCAAUUUUUUCCUGAACAUUUUUCUACUAGAAGUAGCUGAGCUUCAGCCUUCUUAUGUAGCCAUCAUCGUGUUUGGAGGCAAAGUAUGGGAUGCAAUCACAGAUCCACUCUGUGGUUAUUUUGUCAACAAAACACGAACCAGAUUUGGACAGUUUAAGCCAUGGAUACUGCUAUCGACACCCUUGGCCUGCACUGCGUAUUUUUUCCUUUGGUACGUUCCUGAUUUCACAGAUGAGGAAAAAGUCGCUUGGUACUUCGUCUUCUACUGCUUAUUUCAAGGUCUCCUAUCGGGAAUACACGUACCUUACACCUCCCUGACGAUGUACAUCAGUAAGAACCAACGAGACAGGGAUUCAGCAACGGCCUACCGAAUGGUGUUUGAAGCACUAGGGGUGCUAAUGGCUGCUACAGUGCAGGGUGUUUUUGUCAACUCCACCAGAGUCGCUGGCGACUGUACGGAAGAUGGAGACGAAUCAUCAACAGCGUCUCCGGAUGAACUGAAAGAUGAGAAAUGGUCCUAUAUUGAGGGAUCUAUUGUCGUCAUCAGCGUCUAUGUCCUCUGUGCUGUCGUCUGUGUGCUGGGGACGAAAGAAUGCGAUGAUGUUAUCGAUGGAAGACAUGGCAGUUUUCUGUCGGGAAUCCGUGAUGUUCUGACCUUCAAGCCUUAUGUCCAACUGUCAGCCUGCUUCCUCUUCCUAUCCCUAGCGAUAGCCAUUGUCCAGGGAAACUUAGCUCUUUAUUGUACACAUAGCCUGGAUCUCGGAGACGAUUUUUCCAUAUUUAUUAUCAUUUUACUGGUGUCUUCGAUAUUGUCCAUGCCGAUUUGGCAACUUAUUCUGAAGAAAAUUGGUAAAAAGUCGGCAUUUGCAGCAGGAAUGAUACUCUUUAUUCCAAUACUUAUAUCCCAGCUCUACAUUGAUGACAACAUCUACGUGUAUAUACCAAUUCUAGUUUUGGCGGGCUUUAGUAUAGCUGUCGCUCUUCUGUGCCCUUGGUCUAUGCUUCCAGAUGUGUUAGACGAAUUCAUGCUUGCUACGGGAGAAAGAAAAGACGCCAUUUUCUAUUCUUUCUACGUUUUCUUCAACAAACUGGCGGCAGGCUUGGGACUGGGGCUAUCACAGAUGGCACUACAACUAGGUGGUUACAAGAGUGGGGACUGUAAACAGCCUGAGGACGUGGACCUCGCCCUCCGCCUCCUGGUGGUGCCUGGACCCGUCGUCUUUGUCCUCAUUGCCCUCCUCUUUUUGUGGUCCUACCCAAUAAACGAGAGGAGACGAGCCUAUAACAAGGAGCGGCUGAUAAAAAUGAGGGAAGAAAAUGAAAAAAAGCAACCCUCUCCCCAAUCUCCCCUCCCGCCAGACGAGUACACCAUAGAUCGAAGUCUGAGUUACGAAAGCGUGAUUGUUACAAGUACAGAAAUCUAAGAACGCCAUCUGACGCCUCCACAAAGAUGCGUUAACCAUGAUAUUGGGAAAAGAUAAUAAAAUUUAGAUAAAAACUAUAGUUAUUAAG